AUGUAUUCAAGUGAUGAUUAUAACGAGGGAGGAUACGAAUCCUAUAGUGAAUAUGAACCUCAUACAGGUGACCCCCAAUAUGAUUUGGACUACGAUAGAUCAUACUACAAAAUGCCUGAUAUGGUCAAGAAGUUUCUUGUUUAUUUUCGCAACAUGAUCACUGAGGGAGUAACAUUUGAAAUAUUAAACUUAUAUGAAAACACUUUCCCAAAGCUCACAGAGCAAUAUUUUGAAAAUACUCCAUGGCCUGAUGAAAAUGAAGUAGCACCAAUUGUGGAUAAUGAUCAUGUUUUUAUGAUCUUGUAUAAAGAAUUGUACUAUCGUGAUAUUUACUCCCGAGUACCAGGAGGUCCUAAACCAGAGCAGAGAUUCCAUUCAUUCUACAACUACUGUGAUCUGUUUAACUAUAUUCUGUCUGCUGAAACACCUGUACCUCUAGAACUACCUGACCAGUGGCUUUGGGAACUUAUUGAUGAAUUUGUUUACCAGUUUCAGUCAUUUGCCCAAUACAGGUCAAGAACUUCAAAACUGAGCCAAGCUGAAAUUGAUACACUCAAUACUGAAAAUAAGGCCUGGAAUGUUCUUUGCAUUCUCAAUGUUUUACAUUCUCUUGUUGACAAAUCAAACAUCAAAAGACAGCUUGAGGUGUAUGCUGCUGGUGGCGAUCCAGACUCUGUUGCCGGGGAAUUUGGCCGCCAUUCCUUGUACAAGAUGUUGGGAUAUUUCUCUUUGGUCGGUCUUCUUAGACUGCACUCAUUGCUUGGUGACUACUACCAAGCUAUCAAGGUUUUGGAAAACAUAGAACUGCACAAAAAGUCGCAGUAUUCGCAUGUCCCUGCGUGCCAGGUUUCAACCUCUUACUAUGUUGGCUUCGCAUACAUGAUGAUGCGCCGUUACGCUGAUGCUAUUCGCACGUUAUCUUCUGCGCUUCUCUAUAUACAGCGUACAAAGCAACUGUUUUCGGCACGGUCCUACCAGAAUGAUCAGAUCAACAAACAGACCGAGCAGAUGUAUCAUCUUUUGGCCAUUUGCUUAGUCCUACAUCCGCAAUGUGUUGAUGAGUCUAUACAGCAGGUACUCCGCGAAAAAAAUUACCAUGAAAAGAUGUUCAAAAUGCAGUAUGGAGACCUGGGCGAAUUCGAAAGCUGCUUCACGUUUGCAUGCCCCAAGUUUUUGUCACCGUGCCCACCGCCCAUUGAGCCGGGCUCCAACUACGGUCGUGAUGCUGUUAAGCACCAGACGCAAGUGUUUAUGGACGAGGUCCGCCAACAAAAAAUGUUACCAACAAUCCGGUCGUACCUGAAGCUGUACACGACCCUGCCCCUGGCGAAGCUGGCCGCGUUCAUGUCGGCGGCGCGCGGCGGCGAGCGCGACGCGGCCCGCGAGCACGCCGCCCUCGCCAUACAUCUGCUUUGCUUCAAGCACAAGAUGAAGAACGUCGUCUGGACCAAGGGGCCCAGCGGACUCGAUGGGAAGUUCCAAAGUGGCUCAGAGUUGGACUUCUAUAUCGACAAUGACAUGAUCCAUAUUGCCGACACUAAGGUAGCUCAUCGCUAUGGUGACUUCUUUAUCCGCAAGCUACUCAAGUUUGAAGAGCUCAACCGAAAGCUUCAUCAUAUUAAAAUUUAA